GCUUUCACAAAGCGCGCCGCCAGGUGUGUAUUGGAUACGGCGUCGCUCAGCAGUCGGUUUGCUUCCGCCUGUAAAUUCUGGAGGGUAGCGGCAUAUUCGAUAACCGCCUCCUCACUCUGCUGUCAACGGUUAUAAAAACUUCUAAUAAUGUCCACAACAUCUCUCCGCUCGCCGUAUUCCUCCAUCAAAACAUAGAAAAUCUUUUCCGGCGUGUCUAUCAUGUCAUCAGGGAACAUCAGAACUCGCCCUCAGGCAGGUCCCUCCAGCGCGUUGAGGCAUCGGGCUGAUGGCGAGACCUAACUCCAUCUCUCUUUCACACUCGUCGACACUUGGCUCUCCAGCGAUCUUCUGAAAUCGGAAUAAAUGACAUUUUCGUACAGCCUCUGCUGUACUGUCGCCCUCUUCAGCCAUUGUGCACUUCUCUGCUGACAAAUAUCUUGCUCGCAGCGCCAAAAUGACGUAGCCGAGUGGUGGGACUUUGGACUAACGACAACAACCGUCCAGCACUCAAAUAAAAGCAGGAAACGUCAGUAGGUUCAACCCUUUAAUGCACGGGCUAGAACAAUGGCCACACGUCGGUGCUUCACCGAUCCGCCAUUUUUCCCCCCUCUCACCUUUAUCUUAAGUCCUUCUUUCUGACGUCACAUUUUUGUCGUCACCUUCUUUGACGGUACUUUAUUUUGACGUCACAUUACGUCAUUUGAACUUAAAAAUAAACAACGGCGCUCUGCACAGCAAGUUGGUGAUAGAAAUGUCAGACACAGAUUUGGAUGAUGUUGAUGCCACCUCUAGUGGAGUCUUUCUUGAAACCACCAUUACCAACUUGCCGGAUGCAGUGCUGAGCAGUAUCUUCCAGCAUUUGUUCUGGAAGGAAAAGAUAAUGGCAGUGAAAGCCUUCCCUGCAUGGAGCAGAAUUCUCGACUCUACUUUAGGGUGGAAGAGUUUUGAAAAUGACCGCGACUAUGCACACUCCUUUAAAGGUCUCAGGUCAAAAAAAUUUUUAUCCGAAGAAAUCACAUGUAUUGCACAGUAUGGACAGUUCUUCACCCAUGCUGUUAUAUGGCUAGACGACUUUCCAUACAUUGACAAUCCGGCUGAGGAAAGUGACUUGGCUCUUCUCGAGUCUUUAGAGACACACUGUUUUAGUCUAAAGUCACUGGUCAUCUACCACCCACCCUACGUCUCCUCCUCCUCCAUUAUCCGGUCUGUUGUGCCCUACAUCGAACCUCUGCAGAGGAUGUUAAGCUUCAGCCCCUCCCUGCAGAUAAGUCUCUGUCGAUUGCUUUACGAUUCCGAGGAAUCACUCACUGGUGCCAUCGACCUCCUUCACUUCUAUCACACCCACAAUCUGCUAGAGAAGGUUGCCUGCCUGGACUUUUCUCAUGGGCUAUAUAUAACAACUUCAGUGCGUCCUAUGAACUGUCUGGUAUACUGCACGUCACUACGUGUGCUCAAAUGCCCCAUCCAAUAUCUGGACACCCAUAUUUUGCAACAACUUGUAGAAUUCAGCCUGCAGGAGCUGUAUGUGAUCCAUGAUGAGCAUACCUUUUCUCUGAAUUAUGUUGAGCAAUCAUCCAUUCACUGGCAUGCCCUGCAACUCCUACCUGGGCGGAACCUAAAGGUGCACUAUGUGUUCAGGCAGAGGUCUGCGGAGAUUUGCCCAAAUCCCUACGCACGCAGCUUGGUAUUUGAUAGUCUUAUUUGCAGCAUCUCUAGGGCACUCUUGAUGUCUAUAGCCGAUAUAUAUGGAGCCACACUAGAACACAUUGCCUUCAUGGAAGCCGAUUGGAAUCCUCCUGUGACUUUCUCGGGUUUGGACGACCUGCCUACUAACAUCCAGAGAAGCUUCAAGACCCAAACGUUGCAGAAGUCUUCAAGACCACAGUUGGAGGAAAAGUUGCCAUGCUGAACCUGGUGGACUGUCAUGUAGACACCCUCUCUGGAAACAUCAAAGAGGUGUUAAUGUCAUUAGCCCAGGAGGUUCUAAGGUGACAUAGGAACAAGAAACAGCCAUGGAUAGUGAACGACAUCCUAGAUCUCUGUCACCAAAGAAUGACCGUGAAGAGGAAAAAGAAAAGCAAACCCGAAGCAGCUUCCAAAUACAAAGAGUCAAACUGUGCCUUCAAGAAAGGAAUGAAGGCAGCUAGGGAGAACUGAAUCGAGAGCCAGUGCCAGGCCAUAGAGGAUGGAAUGGCACAAGGUGACAGUAAGAAGGCCUACGACUUGUAGAGACCCUCACUAAGACAGAUCAGCACAAGACCCAGGCAUCAAAUACAGCAAUGGCAACCAGCUCAAGACCAACACCACUAUCCUCCAAAACAAUCAGGCAAAGGUGAACCUGCAAACAUACCAGUUCUACGGGAAAGGUCAAAAGAGCUGUGAAUAGUCUGAAGGGAAGAAAGUUGCCAGGCAUUGAUAACGUGCCAGCUGAAUUGCUCAAGAAGCGUGGGGAAGAAACUACAAAGUCCCUGUCAUGUGCCAAUGAGUCUGUCAAGGUAGGGCCCAAAGAAUGGACGCAGUCACUAAUCAUACCCCUCCCCCCACCAACAAAAAUAUGGACAACAACACUAGCCUAGUCUUAUGAAUGAGACUGGACGAGAGAUAUUUGUGAGUCGUGUUCAUCUAGCAGGGUAGAUUUCUCAGUGAAUGGAAGGAUUCUGUUAAAGAAGAUUGUCCACAUGGUAAUCCCUGAAGGGUGUCUGCUUUCUUGUCCUGUUCCCUGUGUACACUGAGUUUACUAUUAACACUGGUCGAAAACUUGUGAAACAUGCAGACAACAUGGCCUAGGUGGUCUACUUCACAGCUGAAGUCUCUGACCGAGUACUUCGCCUGCAUGAGGGAGCUGGAGAACUGGGGUUUGUUCACAGCUUGUAAUGUAAAUGGAAUAAAGGUUUUUACGCAGAUUUUGGUAUUUGACAUCUUGUACUUAGCUCAGUUAUUUGAAAGCAAUUUUGCAUCUGGCUUUCAAAUAACAAUUUUCCAUGUUCAGACAAAAACUACUUGCAUGAUAGAACAGGGCAUCUGCAAAGAUACAAAUCCUGGAGCCCCUUCAAAAGAAAUGCUAUUUCAUUAAAACUUUUUGAACUAGUCUUCCUCUAGCCAAAACUGUAUGUUUACAGUACACGGUGUCUAAACUGAAGUGUGCAGAAUGUGUUG